AUGGCCACAGAAACUGAGACAGAAUCACCAGCUGUGGUUACUCCGACGGUUUCACAGCAAGGCUCUUUCAACGUGUUGCUAAAAUUCCUUGAGGAGCGAGGUCAUCUCAAACGACCUCAAGGACUGCAGGAAAGAGACGUACCUGACGGUAUCAAUGAUCAGCCUACCUUUAUGAGGUUUCUUCAAGGUCGUGGAUUCGAUCCUCAGGGUGCUCUCAACCAGUAUGAGGAGGCAAUGGCCAUUCGCAAGGACACGGAAGCGAUCACGGCCUACGACGCCAUUUCCGUCCACGAGUUUGAGGAAGCACGAAAAAUGUACCCAACCUGGUCUGGUCGGCGAGACAAGAGAGGUCUGCCUAUCUGCAUGUUCGAUGUUGGACAACUGACCGCCGAAUCCAUGGCCAAAUACAACGCAAGCCAGACUGCCACGGAAAAGAGCCAGCAUACCAUGGUCUAUCACGAUUACAUGACGCGAUUUGUUCUACCGCUCUGUGGAUCAAUGCCGGACUGCAAAGCGCAGAGCCCUUCUGUUGUUAGCUCCAUCUAUGUCAUCAAUGCUGGCAACUUUGGCUUGAGGCAAGCUUGGUCAUUGAAGGGGUAUGCGCAAGAUGUUAGCCAGCUUCUAGCUGUCUGCUUUCCAGAAAUGGUGGACCGCUGUUAUGUCAUGAACGCACCUGCAUACUUUGGAAAGAUCUGGGGUAUUUUGUCAAAAUUUGUCGAUCCUCGUACAGCUGCCAAACUCAUCAUUGUCUCAUCGGGUGAGGAUUCUCUGUCAACCCUAACGCCUUAUCUCGAUGUGGAUAACAUACCAACAGAGUAUGGGGGCAAGUUCACGUAUAAGCCUGGCAUGACCCCCAUGCUUGAUGAAGGGCUGAGGAAGCACAUGAAGUGGACAUUGCCGGGGGACAGUCUUCCUGAAGGGCCGAUCAAGUUUAUCCAGGAUGAAAACAAGGGACGAGCGGUGCUCGCUACAGGUUCCAUGAACGGUACAAAGAGGGACAAUAUCAUUACGACUGCCAGUUAA